AAGAUUAUAAGAACUGUUUUCUGUCAUAUGAAUAUAUGACAUAAUAUUAGUAUUAUGAUAACUAUUCAUAAUAUUUUUUUAAAUUAGUUUAGACCCUGAUAGAAUGAAUGUCAACAUGUUUCAUAUUCUCAUGGGAGCUAAUUGUCAUCCUAGGUCGUAAAGUAUUGUUGAGCAAAUAAAAAUAAUUUACGCUUCAAGAAAUUGGCAUAAUGUAUUUAAUUGUUCUUGUAAAACAUGUGCCCAUAUUUGGAAGCUCUUUAUUCUGUCCACUAUUUUGUGACUACGGCGAUGACGACGAUUCCGGUGGCGGUUCAUUCUUAGACGACAUACUAUCUAUUUUUGACAGUUCUGAGGAAACCAGCAAGCCAGAAGCUACUCCACAGUCGUCUGUAGCACCUAGCAAUGAUCAACCACAAGAAGUCAGCUUAUUAAUACCACCAUCAAACGGCAUGAACCUGACGGUGCAUUCUCUGGGCUCAUCGCUGUUGCUGUCCCUGUUCCCGUGGAUAGGAGAGAGCAGUGCAACCACCACUGCUGCAUCCACUACCGCCGCUUCUACCACACCAGCCGGGAAUGGAACUGCUGCUAAUGCAACGGCUGCUUAGUUAUCGUCAAUAAAUUGUUAUUAUUA